UCUAAGGUUGGCGUGAAUAGGCUCGCUGCGGCAACUGGAAUUGCAAUGUUAUACACCUAAGGGGUUUCGUGAUGAGCUACGGCUUACGCUCUUCUUCAUGCGCAAAUCAAUGCUCGAGGUCGGACGUGGUCCCCAAUCGUUAUCAUCUGAUAGCAGCCAUAUUUUUUAUUCAAGGAUGCAACUACAUUCUAUCGGCCAGGCUGAAGGGCAGGAGGUCUGACGACAACUCUGAAGUAGUGGUGAAUUCUUUUAUGUAACUGCAUGGCCUAUUAGCACCUACGUGUGCAAGUAAAGAAAAGGAGAUAAGGUGUCCCUAGGUAGUGAAUAUCGUAGCUCAUUAACCAGCUAAGA